AUGGCGGCAUCAGUGCUGGAAACAGAAACGCCUGGGAAGUGUCCUGUUACUGCCCCUCAGUUCAUUGCGCAAGAGCCGCGCAGGCCUCCGGUCUCGCCAAAGAUUCAGUCCUAUGAAACUCAACUAUGGGGCAUGCUCAUGGGGAAGAGAUCACAGAAGGGGAUGUGUGACACAGGGGUUGUUGUCCCCUGCGUCGUAUCUCAGUGGAGUGUCUGGAGUGGCUGCGCAGAGCCUUGCAAGACAACGUAUCGUGUUCGGAGAAGGCACGUCAUCCAGGAGCCCAGGAAUGGAGGAGAGGCAUGCCCUCCUCUGGAGGAGAGGGCUGGCUGCGUGGAGUACUGGACUCAGCAAGGAACAGAGUGCAAACAGUCCCUGAUCCCAGCAUUAAUAACAACAGGAGGGUUUGGAAAAGCGAGGAAAAAAAGAGCUGCAGCUGAUGGCAAUGAAAGAAGAGGGUACUGUGUUGAAUUCCAGCUUGUGGCCAUCACGCCGGGCUGCUUGCACAGCCACCACUCGUACACUCACUGGAUGCAGUAUCUCAGGGAGGGCCACACUGUCUGUGUGGAGUGUCAGCACCCAGCUUUAGACUCCAGAAGUCUACAUUGUUAUGGGGAUGGAAGUGGAAGCAAAAAGAAUCAGCUGUUGCACUGGCAGGCAGUAGGGAACCCUCAAUGCAAGGGAACCUGGAAGAGAAUUCGCCAGCUGGACACUUGCUCCUGUCCUUCUGUUCACAGCUUCUUGUUCAUCUAACUUCUCUUGACAGUCCCAGCAAGCGAGCACUGCGAUGGCUUGUCUGGCACAAACGUGCAGCAGCAGUAGGAACCACAACCAAAACAAUGACUUCUCCAUGCCAGAGGCUAUGCCACUUGAUUUCAAGAGGUUGCUGUCUGCACUGGGGCAUCCAAAAUCCUCUCUGUCCGUGUGUACUCCUUGACUUUCAAAGAAAUC